CGGCGGCGGUGGCGGCGGCGGGAUGGGAGCGCCGAGAUGCCCCGGCACUGCUCCGCCUCCGGCUGCUGCACCCGCGACACCCGCGACACCCGUGGCAGGGGCAUCUCCUUCCACCGGUUGCCACGCAGGGACGACCCCCGCCGCGUGCAGUGGCUGGAGAACAGCCGGCGCCGGGACCCCUCGGGGGGGGGGCGAUGGGACCCCUCCUCCAAAUACAUCUACUUCUGCUCCCAGCACUUCGAGAGCCACUGCUUCGAGGUAGUGGGCUACAGUGGUUACCACCGGCUCAAGGAGGGGGCCGUGCCCACCGUGUUCGCCCCAGGCCCCCCCCGGCCCCCCAGGACCCCUAAGCCGAAGCCCCCCCCACCCGACAGCGACCCCCCAAAGCCCCUGCGGACCCCCAGGAAGUGGAAGCAGGACCCCGCCCCGCCCCCCCCGACCCCCCCGUUCCCCCCCUCCCUCUCCUGCUUCCCCCCGGACUCCAAAGCCCCCCCGGCCGCCGCCCAGGGCGGGGUCCCGGCGCCGCCGCCGGAGACCCUUCUGGUGGCCACGGGCGACGCCGAAGCCGCGGCGGCUCCGGCCCUGCCCGAGGGGGCCCCCCCGGCGCCCGCGGGCCCCCCCGGCCCCCCGUCACCGUCGCUGUUCAUGGCCCGGCUGCCGCCCCGCGCCGGCUCCUACAUCCAGAGCGAGCACAGCUACCAGGUGGGCUCCGCCCUGCUCUGGAAGCGCCGCGCCGAGACCGCGCUCGACGCCCUCGGCAAGGCCCAGAGGCAGCUCCAGGCGGGGAAGCGGCGGGAGCAGCGGCUCCGGCAGCGCCUGGCCGAGCUCCAGAGGGACACACGGGGCAUUCCGGAGCUCCAGAGGGACACGCGGGGGAUCCCGGAGCUCCAGAGGGACACGUGGGAUAUCCCGGAGCUCCAGAGGGACAUGCGGGGGAUUCCGGAGCUCCAGAGGGACACACGGGGGGUCCCAGAGCUCCAGAGGGACACGGGGGGGGUCCUGGAGCCCCGGAGGAGGCCCUGGGACCCCCCGGCCGAGGGGAAGGUGGAGCCAGUGGAGGACGGGGGGAGGUGAGUCCUGGGCACCGGGGGUGGGGGGGCUGUAAAUAAAGAUUUCACGUUUUCCAUGUGGAGUUUGUGGAGAUUUCUGCGAGUUUGGGGAGACUUCUGGGAAUUUAUGGGGAUUUGUGUGAGUUUCUGGGAGCUUUUAGGAGUUCCCAGGAGGAAUUUCAGGUGGAAAGUCUUCCCGGUGAGGGCGGCGAGUGGAGUUCCAGGUGCCACCAGGAGUUGGGACAGGGAAGGGUUUGGAGUGACGGGACACAGGGAAGGGCUUCCCGCUGAGAAUGGGGAGAUUUAGGUGGGAUAUGGGGAAGGAAUCCCACCCUGUGAGGGUGGGGAGGGGUUGGGAUGGCACCCAAAAAAAGUGGGAAUUAAGGGUUUAAUUUCCACGUCACAGACAGGCCGGGCCGGGAUAACCCCCCAGCCCAGCCCACAGUGCCUGAUUAGCCCCUAAUUAGCCUCGUUAAUUAGCCCGAGGCCGCUACAGACUGAGCCUCAUGUCCUGGAUGGCAGCGAAGGUGUCCGGGGUCAGCGGGACGUAGGAUCGCCGGGAAUCGUCGCGGAAGAACAGCGGAUCCCGGACCAGCUGGGGGUCGAAGCCCUCCCGGACCAGGUUGCUCUUGGACUGCUUGAAGGUGCCCGUGAUCUCCAGGGCGUCCUGGGGACGAGGGGUGUUGGGAAGGGGGGGUCCCGGGGCCGUGUCUGGGUGCUGGCGGGGGUUGAUCCCCCCCCUUGGCACAGGGUGACCCCCCCUUGGAACCAGAUGAGCCUGAGGGCCCCUCCCAACCCCAACCCAACCAU